UGCACUGUGGGGUGCUGUGUCGUUUUGCAAUGGGCCGUGAAUAUUUCUGUCUCGGUCUUGGUUUGGUAUUUUGAUGUAUUAUUGGCUAUGGAGACAUUCUGCGUUGGUGUUCUUCCUGAACCAAGUAUUGUCUAUGAAUAUAUAUAUAUGCAAUACAGCUUGUGAUAAGAGCUUGACCAGUGCCGACUCAAAUCAGGGAGGAGAGCCGUUGUCUCUCUCGGGCUGACAGUGCUGGAAAGACUGCACAACUGUGUGAAUGAAUUAAGACUGAAUCGAAAGACUGGUGCUCCUCUUGUCCAGAUGGAUCGGCCGUGGAUCUGUUGGCGUGAUGACCGGGGUGAGUACAAAGGGCCGAUAGUCAUUUGGGCAUGUCACUUCGUUUUUCUUGGGCACUGGGACAAUGGUGGUCUCCUUGAAGCAGGUGGAGACUACAGCCUGGGACAGGGACAGGUUGAAGAUAUCCGAAAAGACGCCCACCACCAGGUCAGCACAUUUCCGAGGACGCGGCCAGGGAAGCCAUCUGGGCCAGCGGCUUUUGCCCGUGCUGUGCUGCCAUGACGACCAUGGCCCCUCCCCUCAUGUUUCUCCUCCUGCUCCUUCAAUUGGCUCACAGCUCUUUCCCAGAGGAGCCCGGUCCUCUAAGCUAUGCUCCCUUAGAGGUGGUGAGGAGGUAUCCUGUGUUUGUGGGUAGAGCUCAUCGUUCCUCACAGAGACAGGAGCUGCACAUUCACACAGUGCUCCAGGUGAACCGCACGCUCUACAUAGGAGCCAGAGAUGAUCUGUAUAGAGUGGAGCUGGACAAUAUGUCAGGGGACGAAAUAUUCUACAGCAAGAAGCGGACGUGGGAAUCCAAUAAGAAUGACAUUCGGGUCUGUAGGAUGAAGGGAAAACAUGAGGGGGAGUGUCGCAACUUCAUCAAGGUGUUAUUGAGCCAACAUGGAGAACUGUUUGUGUGUGGAACUAACGCCUUCAACCCUCUAUGUGCGAACUACACUAGGGACACUCUGGAGAUGGUAGGAGAGACGGUCAGUGGGAUGGCUCGAUGCCCUUAUGAUCCCAGACACGCUAACGUGGCUCUUUUUGCAGAGGGCAGUCUCUUCACCGGUACUGUAACAGACUUUCUGGCGAUUGAUGCUGUGAUCUAUCGUAGCCUAGGCGACAGCCCUGCUCUCCGCACCGUCAAACACGACUCCAAGUGGUUUAGAGAGCCCUUCUUUGUGAGCGCAGUCGAGUGGGGGCCUCAUAUUUACUUCUUCUUCAGGGAAAUGGCUAUGGAGUUCCAUCACCUGGAGAAGGUGAUGGUGUCUCGUGUGGCGAGGGUGUGUAAGGGGGACCAGGGUGGGUCUCAGAGGGUGUUGGAAAAACAGUGGACAUCGUUCCUGAAGGCCAGACUGAACUGCUCUGUCCCAGGAGACUCCCACUUCUACUUCAACCUGCUCCACGCCACCAGCCCCAUACUCAACAUGAACGGCAGGGACGUCAUACUGGGACUGUUCUCUACACCGCCCAACAGUAUCCCUGGGUCUGCAGUCUGUGUGUUUGACAUGCAGCAGUUGGCUAGGGUGUUUGAGGGAAGAUUCAAGGAGCAGAAAUCUCCAGAAUCCAUCUGGACACCUGUAUCUGAUGAGCUCGUACCCAAACCCAGGCCGGGUGGCUGUGCGGUGCAGGGGUCUCAGUUCAGCUCGUCUAAAACUCUGCCAGAUGAGGUGUUGAACUUUGUGAAGACUCAUCCCCUGAUGGAUGAGACCAUACCCCUGGUGGGGCACAGACCCUGGGUUGUCAAGACUAUGGGCAGGUACCAGUUGACAGCCAUGGUGGUGGACACAGAAGCUGGUCCCCAUAGAAACCGUACAGUAUUGUUUCUGGGCUCCACGCGAGGGACCGUCCUCAAAUUCCUCAUUGUCCCGAGUGGAGACAACUCUCCCACACACAGCAGUGUGUUUCUGGAGGAGGUGGAGGGCUUCAACCCUGAGAAGUGUGGAGAGGACUCUGUCCAGGCCAGACAGUUGUUGUCUCUGUCCUUGGAUCGUCCCAGUCACACUCUACUGCUGGCCUUCCCUUCCUGUCUGGUCAGACUACCCACAGCGCGCUGCCACCUACACUCACGCUGCGUGAAGAGCUGUCUGACUUCCAGAGAUCCCUACUGCGGCUGGACCAGAGGCAGCACCUGCUCCUUCCUCAGACCAGGCACACGGCUGCCUUUUCAGCAAGACAUUGAGUAUGGCAACUUCUCCCAUCUUGGAGACUGUGGUGGUGUCAUACAGCAGAGUCUGCUGGUCGAGCCGGAGAGUCUGGUCUCCCUCAACCUGCUGGUGGCGUCUGCAAUCUCGGCCUUCACCAUCGGGGCGAUGCUAUCAGGCCUGGCCGUCUGCUGGAUCAUGGCCCACAAGCCCAGCAACCGACGCCAAGCUAGCAACUCCAGCCAGUCCAGCAUCCAGCGCCGGGAGAGGGGGAUGUUGACGUCAGGAGGAGGGAUGGGAGGAUCGGUCCUUAGUGUGACCCGUCAGGGAGGAGGGGAUAGACCUUGUUCUCAGGGCGGGGAGACCCUGUUUGUGAUGCCCAACGGUUGGGUGAAGUCAGGGGAGCUGGACCCAGGGUUCUUGCCCACGCCAGAGCACACGCCCCAGCAGAAGAGACGCGGGCUCAGGCUUUCUGAUUCUGGAUCAGGGGGGUGGGACAACAGCCAGACCUACCUGGCAGGGAGCACCAUGGGGCUGGCAUCCCCCUGCCCUCUCCCUUGCCCCCCACACCCCUCCACUGCUGUCUACCUGACCACCAGACUCUUCCAGGGUGGAGGAGGUGGGAGACAUGGGGGUGAGGAGCGAGGAAGAGAAGGAGAGACGCCUCGCCAGCACUACGUGUGCCUCAGCAAGCCCUGGGGGGAGAAGGGGAGGAGUGGGACUCCAAAGUCGGCACUUCGCAAGUCAGCAGGGGAGUAUGUGUACCCCAUGACCCCCCAGGACUCCCCGAAUAGGAGGAGGGUGGUGUCAGCCCCCAGCGCCCACAUGGAGUUUGGGGAGCCCCUGCCUCUCCGCUGGCCUCCCCAGGAAGGCUACAUCCUCAGCAGCCAGGGCAUGGUCCCCGCACCUCCAUCCUCCAUGCCGACCCCCAACGGCCAGCAGUAUGUGGCCCAGCACCACACCCCCGGGCCGGGCAGGGCUCAGCUGAGAGGGGAACUGGGGAGAGGAGAGCUGGGGGAGCUGGUGGAUCUCAGCCAGCUGCUGAGUAAGAAGAGUUCCAAUGAGAGGACUCACAACGGCCAGUGAAAAAGAGAGUGAAAAGCAGGGAAGGACCCCGGCCACUGCUUAAGACCAUAUCUGUCUCUUUCUACAUCUCUCUCCUUCUCUCUGUUCUACCUUUUCUCUCCCUCCCUCUCUCUUUCUUUCUCUCUCUGUCUCUGUCCCUCAUUGUCAUUCAGUCCUCCUGAUAUCUCUGUAUCUCACUAGGGGACUCCUGAGGCUGUUCUAUCUGUGACUGGUUACUGCUGUCACUCAGAUCCUGCUUGGCUGUGAUUAGCCAGAGAAAAUGAGGUUGUUGUUGUGUCGGCCUAUCUACUCAAGCUGCUUAAAGAGGGGAGGAGGCGAGAAAGAGAGAAUGGAGAGCGAGAGUGAGGGAUUGAAAGAGAGGUGAGAAAGAGGGAAAAAGAGAGGGGAAGGAAGAGUUUGCUAGACAGUGGAAUUCUUACAACGAAAACAUGCUGAGAGAGAACCAUAAGCAGGAAGCUACAUGCAAAGAGACCCAGAGACAGACACUUGCCGACAGCCUUACCUGUGCUUCAAACAGGCCAAAAAGGACUACCAAACAACAUGGCCACUAUCAGGUGUCAGAAGACGAGACCUAGGAGACUUCAUUCCUACACAAUGCACUCUGUCCACCUUCCAGUACAGACUGAGUGGCACUCACACAUGAAUUAGAAAGAAAUUACUUUGAAGAAUCUUGCUGAAGGUGAAUGAAACAGACACUGUUCAGCCUCAGUGUGCAGGAAAACACUGAGGUCAUUCUGACUCUGACUCUGAACGUGAAAAGAAUGCCUGAUGAAGAGUGUCGGAAGGAAGCGGCAAUAAAGAUUUAAUAGCCUGCCCUCCAGCAGCCUCCUGACACAAACACACACACACACACACACACACACACACACACACACACACACACACACACACACACACACACACACACACACACACACACACACACACACACACAGAGAGAGAUUUACAGCUCAGUUUUAAUAAGGGGGCCAUAUAUUCCCAGUGUAUGUGAGGUGAGAGGGGCCGUACUGUACUGCUCCUAACCUGCCUCACUGGAACCAUGGGACUAUAACCCACUUUUACUGAGUUACGGGAAAGGAGGAGAGUCGGACUGGAAUGUCAGCACUAUUUCUGCCAACCAGGCGUUCUCUCUAAUGACGCCAUUUCAUCCAUCCAUCCACCCCUUCCACUCCAUGUUUUUUUUAAUGGCAAAUCAUUUUAGAGCCGAUGCGACGUGUGGAGAGAAGGAAAGAGAAUUAGGUUGGGCAGUCUGUGUGUGUGUGUGUGUGUGUGUGUGUGUGUGUGCGUGCGUGCGUGUGUGCAUCCUGCGCCCUGUGUCUGUAUGCGGAGAUGCACAGGCUAUGCUUCUGUGUGACAGUCACUGUUGUUGUGAUUAAACAACUGUCCUGCCGCUUACUCAUCAACGUUAAUGGUUAUUUCCAUAGAACUCAAAUGGCACCGUAUAUUCUACCCAUCAAAGUGUCUAAUAAAAGACUUGCCAUUACGUUAAGCGGACAUGGGGAGAGGGAGAGAUAGAAAGACAGAGAUAAGUAGAAAGACAGGAGGAUAGAGAGACAAACAGAAAGGCAGAGUGAGAAAGAGAGAGGCAACACGGAGACAAGAAAGACGAUACGGUCUGCCAUUCUCAAGUCGUCAGAGACACAGCUCCAGUCACAUUCAGAAAAAACGUUUUGUUCAGUUCUGUUGUGAACCUGAGCAGCAAUGACUUGUAUAUAAAGACACUUGUAACUCAACCCCAGAUGUCUGUGUUACCAUUGGAGGAGCACAAUGAUGACAGCACUCAGACAGGUCAUGACUCAAAUCACACCCUAUUGUCCAUAUAGUGGUCAAAUGUAUUGCACUGAAUGGGAAAUAUGGUGUUGUUUGAGAUGCAGCCGCAGUAACAAACACACUCAUAAACACCAUGCCGAUGUCUUUUCUCCCUCCUGUGUCAAUACAAUGUGUGCCAAUAUUCUGAACUGUACUUUUGGGUGACAUAUCACGUGACCACUGAAACAAAAAGGAAACAUUUUCAAGUGCCAUAAAAACCAUGUCAAUUCAUUUUUAUACCUUAUAUAUUUGAUACUGUGAUGUUGUAUAAUUUGUUCAAGUGUGUACAGUGUUACUUCCUGUGUGCAAUGAUGAGGAACUUCACAGUGUCGCCUUCAGAUAGCCUACUGAAUGUUUGUUUUCUUUCAUAAUUCUUUUGCCUUUGCUGCUCUCGUGCAUUUCAGGCAUAUCCAUUUCAAAUGCUAGUAACACUGAACAUCUGUUUAUAAACCAGAAUUUGGUUCAGUUGUUACUGAAAUAUGCUAGCAUUGUAUUGAUUGUUUUCACCCACACCAACAAUCAGCCAUACUGUGGAACCUUCAAGUCAAAGGCUACUUCCUGAAUGAAUAUAUAUACUAAUUUGCUCAUAAAACUGUGCAGUACUAAUACAUUCAUGGAAAAGCACAACUUUUAUUUGUCUUAUUUGAAAAGGAGUUGUACUGUAUCUAAUGCAUAUCCUUGUAAAUAAUUGAUUUGAAUGUAUCUUCCCCAUUUGGUUUGAAAGAUUCUUGUCUUCUUACUUGACAUGGGCUUUCUCUUUGACGGGUGAGUUUUUAUUGACUAUGUCGUGAAUGAGCUGUAAAUACACUACGUACGGUAUUUACCUUUGACUAAAUACUGAGGCUAGCUGUUUUCUUUCUAAAGAGUAGAAUCGCAGGCUUGUCCUGCUGAGCUGAACUAAAAAAAGGUAUCCAGUUGACUUGUGACUUACGGCUGUGCACACACACACACACACACACACACACACACAAUUCAAAUUAAAGGCGGUCAAGGAGUAGGGCGUUCAAAGAGUUGGUCUGUUGGGAAUCUGUGAUGUCAUCGGCCUCCCCUCUUGCUUGAGGAAUGAUAGAUGAGCAAAGAAAAAAACAAUAGAGAACAAAACAGGAAAGUCCCCCCCCCCCCCCCCCCCCCCGCCCACUUGUGCUAUGUCAUGACAUACCUGUACUACCUAUUUAGAUGUUACUUUUGUUAAGUAAAUCCGGUGUUAACUGAAGUGAAAAGGAGACUGGUUUGCCACUGUAAAUUCAAAUCACUUCCUGAAUUGACUGCCGUCAACUCGAAUUGAGCCCAACACUGACACACACGAAGCACUUCAUCUGAGAGUAUAAAGCAGUUAGUCAAUAUGGAGACCCCUGUCAAUAUAUUCUUUCUUAUUCUAAUAAACCAUUAAGAUCUA